AUGGCCGAGCUCAAGUCGUUGUCCGGGGACGCGUACCUGGCACUGAGCCACGGCUACACAGCUGCAGGUCACGCCUACCCAGCGGCGCGCGGGCCAGAGACUAUACGCGGCUUUGGUGCAUCCGGUCCAGGUAGCGACCUCCCCGCGACGCCUGCUUCCCGCGUCCCCACCGCGACGGUCGAGAGCAGCGGGGAGCAGAGCGGCGACGAGGACGACGCCUUCGAGAGGCGGCGGCGGCGGCGAGGGCCCGGGGUUUCGGUGGACGCACGGCGGCGGCCCCGGGAGCAGCGCUCACUACGACUCAGCAUCAACGCGCGCGAACGGCGGCGAAUGCACGACCUGAACGACGCGCUGGACGGACUGCGCGCAGUCAUCCCGUAUGCGCACAGCCCGUCGGUGCGCAAGCUCUCCAAGAUCGCUACGCUGCUGCUGGCCAAGAACUACAUCCUCAUGCAGGCUCAGGCCCUGGAGGAGAUGCGGCGCCUGGUGGCCUACCUCAACCAAGGCCACGGGCUCGCCGCGCCUGUGUCCGCCACGCCUCUGACACCCUUCGGCCAGGCAGCGGUCUACCCGUUCUCGGCGAGCUCGGCGCUCGGGCCCUGCCCAGACAAAUGCGCCGCCUUCUCCGGAUCGCCCUCGGCGCUUUGCAAACACUGCGGCGAGAAGGCCUGA